AACUGAGCAGUCACUGAACAAAAUUCGUAGCGAACAUUUCGGCAACAGUUUUUGGUUACGGUAUCGAUUGGUACUAAAUUGUCAGCAGGAGCAGCAACAGCAGCAGCACCAGGAGGACAGGAGCAUGCCGCUGGGCAGAAAGUUGGCCAUUGGCUCAGAGGAGGCGCGCCGACAACGCGCCGAGCUGCGCACCAGCUAUGGCAAUAAGCUCUCCAAUAUGAAUUUGGGGCGAAUGCGCAGUCGUUCCAAUCCCGUUAACACGGAUGCCAAUCCCUUUCAAUCCGCAGCCAUGGCCAUGACCGGUAACGCGGCGUGUUCAACAUCAUCAUUGCGACGUAUUGCCUCCAGUUUUGCGCACGUCAGCGAUUUGGAUUGCGGCCGAUGUGCGGCACUGCCCCACGAAGAUUCCGAGGAGGAUGCGCGCGAGGAGCGCGCUGAGGUCCUCAUACGCAGCGAGCCAUUUAAAUCGAUUGCCGGAGCGGCCGGAGCGGCGGCAGCAGCAGCAACAACAACGGCGGCAGCGGCCCAAUCCUCACGCGCGUCGGCUAGCCAAAAUGCCACGGCCAGCGCAGAGCGGCGCAAUCAUUAUCUCUGCGCGGAUGUGAUGCAAUCGCGGGCUAGCGAGCGUUGGGGUCAAAUUGCGGGCACCGUCUCGACCCUGUUCCGUGUGCGACGCAUCUCUACGGCGAAUCCAUUGUCGGAGCUGCGACGCUUAAGGGAGCAGCGCGAUCUGCUGGAGGCCUUCACGCGUCCAUUCCUCUACGAGGACAAUGUGCAGCGCAAAUAGAAUGUGGCGACCAACAUGACCAAGCGAUGCUGUGACCCCCAAUUCCACCAGCCAGCAACAAAAACGACAACAACAACAUCAACAACAGCAACAACAACAACAACAAUAACAACAACACAACGGCAUCUGUCGCGCGGGCAUUCCGAUUUAUAAUUGAGACACUCGUCCAUGCAGUACGUAUCCGCACCCUCACGUCCCUCCAGCUCACCAAUGGCCACGCACUCCUGACUGUAUGCAACAAAGGAGAACGCAUGAGUAUAAUAAGAAGUGAGUGAAAUAUAUAUAGAGUGAGGUUAUGUUGUACUUACGGACAAUGGCAUGCGGUCUCGGGACAGUUGGGCGGAUAGCGCAAACAGUUGACCUCACACCAGUUAUCAAUGCCGGGCAGCGAGCGGAAGGGCGGCGCACCAAUGCACUUUUGAUCCCUGCAAAGUUUACGGAUGGAGUGAGAAACGAGGAGGGAGGAAAAAACAGUGAUUACAACAAAAUAUUAGGUCGUAU